AUCUCCGAGUGUGGCCUAGCCGGAGCUUUAUUUUAUUUUGAUUUUUAACCCUUUUAAUACUGGUCAGAGCACUACGACAAGGUCCCCCCUGGAGCUUACCACUUCCCUCUCUCACCCUUACCCCGAGUUGAUUUCCAACCUCACACCUUUUCUUUCUUUUUUACCCCCUUCGGUGUUCUCUACGCUAUUCGCGAUCUCCAACAUCAACUCUAUCCACACCGCUUGACGACACCCGUCGUCUAUCACCGUCCAUCCAAUUCUCUCCCUCCCUCCUCCCCCUCCGCUACUCCUCGGCCCUCUCCUUGACGCACACCCAUUGCCGCCGCCGCCAUGGACAAUCAACGUCCAAACGAUGUAUCGCCCGAGGCAAUGCAGGCGCGCAUUCAGCAGGCGCGACGCGAGGCUGAGAACUUGAAGGAUAGGAUCAAGCGAAAGAAGGAUGAGCUGGCCGACACCACCCUCCGCGCCGUGGCACAGCAAUCUCACGAAGCAAUUCCCCGAAAUCAAUUAAUGAAGACAAAGAGGACACUGAAGGGUCAUUUGGCAAAGAUAUAUGCUAUGCACUGGUCGACUGACCGAAGACAUCUGGUAUCUGCUUCGCAAGACGGCAAGUUGAUUAUUUGGGAUGCGUACACGACGAACAAGGUCCACGCUAUCCCCCUACGGUCAUCAUGGGUCAUGACCUGCGCUUACGCCCCAAGCGGUAAUUAUGUUGCCUGCGGUGGUCUCGAUAACAUCUGCUCUAUCUACAAUCUCAACCAGAACCGAGAUGGGCCGACGCGCGUUGCCCGUGAGCUAUCCGGCCACGCUGGCUAUCUAUCUUGCUGCCGGUUCAUUAACGACCGGAGCAUUCUUACAUCGUCAGGUGAUAUGACUUGCAUGAAGUGGGAUAUCGAGACUGGAACUAAGGUCAUGGAGUUUGCGGACCACCUGGGCGACGUCAUGAGCAUCAGCCUGAACCCUACGAAUCAAAACACAUUCAUAUCCGGUGCUUGCGAUGCUUUCGCGAAGCUAUGGGAUAUUCGUGCCGGCAAGGCCGUGCAGACAUUCGCUGGUCACGAAUCCGAUAUCAACGCCAUUCAAUUCUUCCCGGAUGGCCAUUCGUUCGUAACAGGGUCUGACGACGCAACGUGCAGACUAUUUGAUAUUCGAGCGGAUAGGGAGCUCAAUCUCUACGGGUCUGAAUCUAUUCUAUGCGGUAUCACGUCCGUUGCUACUUCCGUUUCUGGCCGCCUACUAUUCGCUGGAUAUGACGAUUUCGAGUGCAAGGUGUGGGAUAUCACCAGAGGAGAGAAGGUUGGAUCUCUUGUAGGCCACGAGAAUCGUGUCAGCUGUCUGGGUGUUAGCAACGACGGUAUCAGCCUGUGCACAGGCUCUUGGGACUCCGUGCUCAAAAUCUGGGCAUACUAGAUGGAAAUCCACGUCGAGAUGGAGCAUUAUUUACGCGGAUCGCUCGCGUAUCUCUUGCUCUCCUUUUUCAGAUGAAUAUUUCGAAUUAAUUUCAACCUGCCAAGCAUAACGAAUCGUCCAGGUUCGAUGCUAUCAGGACGAAGUCACGACAGCCUUUCCCAGCACCUAUUUUCCUU